AUGGCCGAAAGCUUCACCUUUUCCGCCGACAAGGCGGCUCUGCUGGAGCCUCGACUGCCGCCGACCGUCACGCCGCCGGGGUCAGGCAUUUUCGUGACGGCGACGUUUACGACGUCGCUCGACUCGUCACUCACACUCACGCCCGGCGUGCACACGCACCUCUCCGGGCCCGAGUCCUACGCCAUGACCCAUUACCUGCGCAGCCGCCACGCGGCCAUCCUCGUCGGCGUCUCCACGCUGCUCGCCGACGACCCCGCGCUCAACUGCCGCAUCGCCGGCGCCGGGCUCGCGCAGCAGCCCCGGCCCGUCGUCGUCGACCCGCACCUGCGCUGGACGCCCAGGCUGACGGACAAGGUGCUGGCGACGUGCCGCCGCGGCGCGGGUCGCGCGCCGCUCGUCGUGACGGCCGCCGUGGCCUCGGACAUUCCCGAGGCGGCGUCGCGCGUGCUAAAGGAGCACGGCGGCAAGUACAUUCAGAUCGCGGCGAAGCCCACGGGGCCGGACGGACGGAUGCGUUUUGACUGGAAUGAUGUUUUCGCGAGUUUGAGGAGCGAGGGCAUCGCGAGCGUCAUGGUGGAAGGCGGCGGGAAAAUCCUCAAUUCUUUGCUGGAUCCUGCGUACCACGGAUCGGUAGACUCGGUCAUUGUCACGAUUGCACCGACGUGGCUGGGUCAAGGAGGGGUUGUCGUGUCACCGGCACGUGUGCACGAUGCGUCAGGGUCCCCUGUAGCUGCAGCCAGGCUGAAGGACGUCUCCUGGCAUCCCUUUGGCGACGACAUUGUGCUGUGCGGCAAGCUACAAGCACCACAAUAA